AGACAAUUUGAGCUGAGCGGAAAAUCCAUAUCUCUCUUAUCCAUUUAGAGCAUAUGGAUCGAUUUAUAAGAAUCGAAUGUUUUGUUUUUAUGUUAUUUUGUGAUAGAAUGAAAAGAAUUCUAUAUAGAAUGGGUUGGGAAUUAUGCCUAGAUCCCGUAUAAAUGGAAAUUUCAUUGAUAAGACCUCCUCGAUUGUAGCCAAUAUUUUAUUGCAAAUAAUUCCGACAACCUCCGGGGAAAAAAGGGCAUUUACUUAUUAUAGAGAUGGGAUGUUGGCUCAAUCCGAAGGAAAUUAUGCGGAAGCUUUGCAGAAUUAUUAUGAAGCUACGCGACUAGAAAUUGAUCCCUAUGAUCGAAGUUAUAUACUAUAUAACAUAGGCCUUAUACACACAAGCAAUGGAGAGCAUACAAAGGCUUUGGAAUAUUAUUUCCGGGCGCUAGAACGAAACCCCUUCUUACCGCAAGCUUUUAAUAAUAUGGCCGUGAUCUGUCAUUACCGAGGAGAACAGGCCAUUCUACAGGGCGAUUCGGAAAUUGCGGAAGCUUGGUUUGAUCAAGCUGCUGAGUAUUGGAAACAAGCUAUAGCGCUUACUCCAGGAAAUUAUAUUGAAGCACAGAACUGGUUAAAGAUUACGAAGCGCUUUGAAUUUGAAUAAGACCACUCUCCAUUUUCAUAAAAAGGGUGGUUUGGUUGAAAAUCAAAUCAAGAAUUUCAUUAUAUCCCUUUCUUCUACCUUCAAUUUUAUAUCAUAUUUCAUAAGGAUAAACAAUAGGGAUAGGCUCUGGAACAGAAGUAAUAAAGUACAUAAAAAUCGGCAAUCUAAAUAUUCCUACCUAAUAUAUCAGGACGGUCUUAUUAAUAAUUCUAAUGAGUUAUCUUGGAAUUUUGAAUCGAAUCAAAAAAUCUAUAUUAUGCUCACUCAAGGAAAGUAGAUGUAGAUAGGGGCUUAUACCCUCAGAAAAAAAAUACACCAGCUUCUUAAAUUAAAACGUAAAAAAAGAUUUUUUUGUUAUGUCGGGAAAUAAUUUUCCAGAAUAACCAAUGUCCGUUAGGCACCUAAUCCUUAUGUCAUAAUAGAUCCGAACACUUGCCUCGGAUUGACUUCAAUAUAUAAUUGCUCCAGUGAAUAACUAAAAAAAAA